GGUCGACAAUCGCGUUUCACUCACCGAGAUGGGAGGGUCGGGCACAUUCAGGAAGCUGCAGAAGUUGGCUAGCUCGCUAACGUCACUUGAGCUGAAGCCGCUCGACUGCCAUCCUGCUACAGAGACCCGUCUGUCCGCUCCCGGUGCCAAGUUUGUGACUUUGUAAGAUUGGGACACUGCAAAAAACAUGGAGACCGGUGGCGCGGCAAGUGCGUACGGGGCCUCGCUGGCUGGAGGUCAAUUCGACUUUUGGGCUUUCAUAAAACAGCCCCAGACUAUCCUGCGCCUUCUGAGCUGGCUGUUUGCCAUCGUGGUGUUUGGAACCAUCACCGGCGAGGGCUUUGUGAACCCGAUCCACAGCUUCGUGCCGAAGUGUAUGUUCAACGAGAACGGCACGGCGUGCCAAUACGCGGUGGGCGUGGGCGUGCUGGGCUUCCUGGCGUGCGUGGCCUUCCUGGUGAUCGACGCCUACUUCCCCCACAUCAGCAACGCCAACGAGAGGAAGCACAUCGUCAUCGCCGACAUGGCCUUCUCCGGUCUCUGGGCGGGGCUGUGGUUUGUGUGCUUUUGUGUCCUGGCCCAUCAGUGGUCACUCACGCCCCACCCAGAGCACUUACCGGUAUCCGCUGCCCGGGCGGCCAUUGCCUUCUCCUUCUUCUCCAUCUUCUCCUGGGGCCUUCUGGUGUUCUUUGCCCUGCGGAGAUUCCUCCUGGGCGUGUCCAACCUUGGCCAAAACUACGAAGACUCCGCCCCGCCCAUGUACCCCAGCACCACACCGGAGAGAUUCCAGCAGGCCCCCUUCACCAUCAACCCUGAACCCCAAGAAGAGUCCGGGUACGAGCCCCCAGCGCCUGUCUUCUGAGAGGUCACAAGAUGCGGUGGAGGGGAGGGGCUUCUUUAAAAGCAGCCAAUAAGGACUCUGCUGGCAGGGCUAGUCCGUACACUGUACGUUUUGUUGUAUUUCUUUAACGUUUAACUUUUUUCAUUCUAUAAUUCAAGCUUAUCACGUGUGUGUGUUCCACUCAGGUUUUCACCAGGUGCUGUUGUUCCGACCAGUCAUGUUUUUUUAUUUAACCCUUUAAGGUGUAAGAUCUGUAUGUGAUCAGAAUGUUCCUAACUGAACACUGUAAUGCUGAUGUCACACUCACUACUGGUAAUUGAAUGCAAUGGAGUUCUAAAACACUGACUUGGAUUUUUUUUUUUUUUUGGGGGGGGGGGGCAUUCCAAAAGAUCUACUCUUCAAAGGUGUAAUGAAACGGGCAGGUUGUUGCGCAUUCACAGGUGUGUCACUGAAAAGCACUGAUAAAUCAUCUGAUAGGACAGCGUUGUUUGCAUUUAUGGGUUUUCACAACCACAAAGUGAAGUUUUUAUUUUCAGUGUAUCUUUGAUUGUAUGCUUUAAAUGUAGAUGAGAUUUCAGUACUGAGGUAGAGAUAAGUGGCUUUAGGAAUCCCAAAGGAACGUCUUUUUAAAUGGAAGCCAUUGGGGACUGUGGUGUAUUUUCAGAUUUUGAGAUUGGAUUCGUAGGCAGGUCUCAUUGCUUCAGUGUCUGACAGUUUCAUGGUCUCCUGUGGCAGUUUCGCACUUUUUAACUAGUUCCCCGUUUGUACGUUUGAAAAAAGAAAAAAAGAAAAACACGCCUAUCGUGUGGCUUUAUGAACACUUUCAACGCAAGGAAAAAGGUGACUGCAGAGGGUCUAUAAAGUACUGCAGAUCAGUCAUGUCUGUAAGAAUGUGUACCAUAUGAUAUAGCAGUGCAGUGUACAGCUUGAGCUGAACACAGUGUCUCGCAAAAAUCAUUCCAAAGGCUGUUAGCAUAGUUCUGCAUACUGAGUCUCUCUCAGUCAUAUACACACAUCAGUUUUGCAAUGUAGUGCUGCUUUAGAUCCUGGGUACACGCGGGGGUCUGCAAUCUCCUGUAACACCCUCCAUAGUCCAUACCCCCCCCCCCCAAAAGGACCACAAUGGAAAUAAGCUUUUGGGCUUUAUUGUGUUUUUAUCCUUUUGAUGAUUUCUGUAUCUGGGGCAUCUCUGGCUAAAGGGGCCACUUGUAUUUUAAUGAUCAAAAAAGAAUUUCAAUCAAUCAAUCAAUCACACACUCAACCCUAACCCCCCACCCCUCAGGGUCUUCAUCAAAUUAAAAAAAAAAAAAAACUGCAUAACCCUGGAUAGCACUGCUGCCUCACAAGAAAGUCCUGGGUGAUUCCCGGCCUGGGCCUUUCUGUGUGGAGUGUGCGUGUUCUCCCCCUGUCUGCGAGGGUUUCCUCCCACAAUCCAAAGACAUGCUGAUGUACAGUUUAGCAUCGUAGCCAGGUGUUUUUUUAAAUCACAGUACAUGUCCAAACAAAACUAGGCAAAGCUCUCAGCUCUUCUGUGAGCUGAAACACUGCAGCUUUCUUGGGGCACUCCUGCAGCCUGCAUUCCCCAUAACGGUGGACAGAGGGCGCUGUUCUGUCACACUGCAGGUGCAAAAGGGCCAUGAAUAUUGCGGUUUUUGUUUUAAAGGAAUGGCAGUUUUUGUUUUCUUGUUUUAAUACUUUUAUUUUGUUGGAUUUGUUUUGUUUUUUUAUGCGUUGGGGUUGAAAAACUUAAGACAUUUGUAGUUUGCAGGUGGCAUGUUGUAAAUUUGUUCAUUGCAAUUUUUGUACGCUGUCAAUCACAAAUUCGGAAGCUGUGCAUGGAGUCAGAGGUCUUGUGUUUAUGUACUUGAAAUGUUGUUGGUAAUCAGUUUAACAUUACCUGGUGGCUUUACUUUUUUU